AUGGAAUGGAAUCACCUCGUGCUCAUGGAAUCACCCCCCUGCCUUGUGUCAUCUCUGACAGGAGCAUGCCAAACGAGCAACUCCAGGGAUCCCUACCUGCGUCGCUGGGCUCCCUCGCUCAGCUCGCCUACCUGUGCGUGGCGGUUUAAUUCGAGCCACUCCCACCUGCCCCGUUCUCUAGAUGAGGAUGAGAUUGCCUUGCCUCAUAAAGGAGGGAUUGCCUCAAAAGGGGCGCUGGAGUUGCUGCGCCAUUGUGCGUCCAUGGCCACCACCUUUCUUGCGUCGUCCCACUCUGUCCCCCUCUGUCCGCCUCUGUCCCCCUCUGUCCGCCUCUGUCCCCCUCUGUCCGCCUCUGUCCCCCUCUGUCCGCCUCUGUCCCCCUCUGUCCGCCUCUGUGUCCGCCUCUCUCCGCCCCUGAACGUCUCAGGCAACUAUCUCACAGGCCCCAUUCUGGACCGCACCAACAUGCCGGCCUCGGCACGCUACGAGUACACCAACAACUACUUCACAGGAGAUCUGCAGCAAGCCGACUGCGCGUCAGCCAAUCUCAAACUCGCCGCAAACUGCUUCUCCACAGCAGCAGCAGCAGCAGCAGCAGCAACAGCAGCAGCAGCGGCAGCGCCGGCAGUCACAUGUGCCGCGCAGCGGUUGCCUGCGGUGUGUGCGGCAUUCUGUGGGAUGAACGGCACCACCACGCCUGUUUGCAACGGCAUGGGGCUGUGCUAUCUAGACGGGCCGAGCCUCGCUCCCACGUGCCUCUGUCUGAAUGGAGCCGUGCAGGAUGGAAGAAGCUCCUGCGCCCCUCCGGGGUCUGUGAAGAGAAGGGAGCUAGUGGAGCCGACUAUUCUCACCAAGGGCGCAGACGAAGCAACGGUAGGCGUGUUUACUGCGGACCCUCUCCCUCUCUUCACCUACCGAACAGUUCCCAACGGCUGUGGCACUGACCUGCCAUUCCGAGUCGAGUUCACAUUCUUCAUGUUCCCCACUGCUAUCGCAUCCUUUAAGGGAGCCAACGGGCUCGCGUUUGAGAUUUCGGCGACGAAUGCGGCCGGGACUGGAGGGGCAGGGGGAGGGGUGGGGUACGCUGGCAUGGACGCUCGGAGCAUAGCCGUGGAGUUUGACACGUUCACAGAUGCAGCGCACAAGGACCUGCAAGGAGACCAUGUGGGUCUGGACAUUAAAGGCAACGCCACGUCUGUCAAGGCUGUUCUCUCGCCCUUUCGGCUGAACAACCAGAUUGGUUACACCGCAUGGAUUGACUACAAGCCUGGAAGCAGCUCGGGGGGGGAUGGGAAACCUCAAAGUCCAACGUCGACUGAUGCGUCGUUCUACUUUGGGUUUGUGGCGUCCUCUGUGGCUCCCUUCCAGCAGCAGCACGCCAUCCUCGUGUCCUUCGUUGAAACAGGGUUGACAGUGCCCACACCAUCCAGGCCAGUGUCCAUUACUCCAGCCUUUGGCCUCACCGUGUCCCCGUCCACCUUCCGCCCCGUGGGUGCGAGUCCGUUCACGCGCUAUGUGAGUGCGGCGUAUGCUCUCUCGGGGCAGCAGGACGCCUGGCUCCUCCGCGAUCCCUCCUCCUGGGAUGUGCCGUGGCUCAAGUGGUCUGUCAAGGACCAGGACGCCUGUAAUGCGUGCUGGGCGUUCGCAGUGGUGGCGAGCAUAGAAGCAGCAUACGGCAUCGCAACAAAGAAACCCGCGCCACAACUCUCAGUGGACUCGCUCUUUGUAGCCAUGGGGCUCACCACAGAAGAAGGGAAGUGCGCCGACGGGGGUUCCCCAACAGAAGCCUUCGAGAAGCUCUUGACUUUACCCAAAGGAGGACUCACUCUAACUACCAAUGCCACAUACUAUCCCAUCCAAGGCUUUGAGCGCACGCGGUUCAAGGGGUAUGUGGGGCUCAUGCUGGCAGUGCAGCGGCAGCCAGUGGUGGUUCACAUUCAGGCAUCUGCUCCCACGUUCGCCGCUUAUGAUGGGACGUACAAGUACCAGGACCCAGUGUGCUACACGGGCGAGCUGAACCACGUGGUGCUUGUUGUUGGCUACUCCGUUGCCGUGGGGGACAGUGUGCAGAAGCGUAUUCCCCCUCCGUUUUGGAUCAUCCGCAACUCGUGGGGAACGGAAUGGGGCUAUAAUGGGCACAUGCGCAUGGACAUUCAGGGAUUAGAUGGCGUGUGUGGCAUCAACGUGCUGCCUGGCAUCUACCCCAUUGUCAAGAUUCCCGGGGAUCCAUGUGGCAAGAAGAGUUUCAAGGCGGAUCAAGACGUCAAUCCCACCUUCAGCCCGUGCGGUCGCUUCACGUGCAAGCCCUUCCCUAAAACUGACACCAACUCCUGCAGCAAGUGCACCCUCCCCAAGUCUGCCAUACAGCCCUUUGUGGAGGUCCCUAAUGGGUUUGGCUCCAACAUAUGCGUCUAUGUGGACGUGUGUGGGUCGCAAUUGAAGAACCCCUGUGCCGUGGGCACUUGCAUCAACAAUGGCAACGGCUCCUACUCCUGCAUCUGCCCUCCCAACCACGUUUCCACCCAAACCGUCGACGGCUUUCCAACCUGCGACCCAGCUGACAGCAUUGCCACCAGCUUGGCAGUGAGUGGCAGCAACUGGGGCUGCUCCGACGUUCACCCCCUCAUGGGCCUCACCAUUGCUGAGUUCAUGCAGCAGAACCCGGCUCUCGACUGCUCGAAGCCGCUGCUACUGAAUGCGGUGCUCCAGCUCGGCGGCUCUCCUGUCGUCCCCUGCACUGCCUUCUUCUACGCCCUCUCUGGCGACACGUGUGAUUCCAUCGCCGCCUUGCUCAUCCGGUCCCAGUCGGACCUUCUCGCAAUCAACCCCGGGCUGAGCUGCGAGCAGGGCAUCAAGGCGGGCCGAUCCGUAUGCGUUGAGCGCAGCGCCACAUUUGCUUUCACCGUCCCACAGUGCCUCAAGUUCACCAUGCUCACAGCACAGGACACGUGUGCGCAGCUUCUGGCGAGGACAGGAGAAUCUGGAGAGGUGGGGGCAUCUGCGUGGGACGAGCUCUACCGCAACAACCCCGGCCUCGUCUGCUCCAACACCGUCUCGACAAGUACCUCUGCUCUUGGCAGCAGUGGUGACGUCCAGGUGUGCCUCAAGGCGGACUACUGGUCGUUUACACUCGGUCGGUGCAACAAAGGCCGCUCCAAGUCGGUGUCGCCAUCGCUGACUUGUUCAGGCGCUUAUGCCUUCUAUGGCGGCACCGCGAGCGAAGCAGCUGCCAUGUUUUCAGACUACAACGGCAAUGCCUGUGCGAGGAAUGUUGGAUCCAAGUACAUCUGCGUGCCACACUAG